AUGCUCGGAGGGAGCUCGGAGCGAGAUUCCUUACCUUCCAACUCCAAGGCCCCCACGGGAGAAGCGUCCAUGUCUGUCGCGACGAGUCCACCCGACUCCAAUCCAGAAUCCUCCCCCCAGGGCCAUGCCGCCCCCGGUUCCGAUGCGUCGCCACCGUCAACCCGUGUAGAGCCCUCCGAGACGGCUCAAACGUCUGUCGCAUCCCCCCCGGCCCCCGACAGUACCGCCCCGUCGAACGCAGCGGAUGCCCCCAAGAAACACCAUCUGCUGCUACCCAUCCCGUCGCGGUCAACCCUGAAAGCGGACAAACAAUCAACCUCGGAAAACACCCAAGAUGCCGCCCAUGACGACUCGGAGAACACCCUCCGAGGCUCGAGGAGGAGCAUCCUGAAAGGGCGACGGGACCGGAGCAGGGGAAGUAGUCUGAGAUCUCGGCGGCAGAACCAGGAGGCAGCGAGUAUGGAGGAGAACAAGGCCGCGAACCCCGACUUGCGCGACGCGACAAAAUCCGACAAGAAGAACAACAAGGUCUCGUCGAAGUUAUUUGCCUUUUUGAGCUGUUGCUCCUCGUCCAACGUCGACCCCGAGGAUGCUGCGGUGCCUCCGAAGAAGACCCCCCGACGCCCGUCGGUCCCGCAGACGCAGCCGACCCCGGAGAAGGCAGAGGCGACCGCCGGCGAUUCGAGCACCGCGGAAUCCAAGGAGCCGAGCAGCUUCCGGGGAGACGAGAAGCCCCAUGCCACCGUGACGCCCGACCAGGCCCCGUCGCCCGUCGACGAGGAGCAGACGCCCGUCGAAAAGACCCCGGAACAACGCUCGCAAGUGGACGGCGCCGUGUCGUCGAUCGACCAACCCGCACCGGUCUCCCAGCCACCUUCGAAAAAGGAAGUCGAAAGCCACGGACCCGUUGAGUCCUCGGACGAGCAAACCGCCACGGGCGCCGUGUCGGAGAAGACGGAGGAUCAGGCUCAGCAACCCGAGGACAAUCAGACACCCGUUCCACCGCCGACGCACGAUGACAAGGCCGAGGAGGUCUCGGGGGAUGAUGAUACAGCGAAUGCUCCCGCCACUGACGACGAGGUCGGCCCGAAGGAUGAGAAAUAUCCCGCUCAUGAGGAAGAUGCGAUGAAAUUACCGGCCGUCUUGCCGCCUCCCCCGCCUCUUGUUCAUUCUGGGAAGCAACCCCAAGUUGGGCAGGAUAGACAACUGCAGCAAUGGUUGUUGCCGCCGCCUCUUCCUCACCUGCAAAAUCGGAAAUGCUUGGUUCUUGAUCUCGAUGAGACUCUGGUCCAUAGUAGUUUCAAGGUCCUUGAACGUGCCGACUUCACUAUUCCCGUUGAGAUCGAAGGCCAAUAUCACAACAUCUACGUGAUAAAGCGACCCGGCGUCGAUCAGUUUAUGAAACGGGUCGGGGAAUUGUAUGAAGUAGUGGUCUUCACGGCAUCUGUCUCCAAAUAUGGCGAUCCUUUAUUGGACCAACUGGACAUCCACAACGUUGUCCACCACCGGCUUUUCCGAGACAGCUGCUACAACCAUCAAGGCAACUAUGUCAAGGUGAUUGGUCGCGACCUUCAAGACACCAUUAUCAUUGACAACUCCCCGACCUCAUAUAUAUUCCAUCCCCAACAUGCGAUACCCAUCAGCAGCUGGUUCUCUGACGCCCACGAUAACGAGCUUCUUGAUUUAAUACCCGUUCUCGAAGAUCUGGCCGGUACACAAGUGAAAGACAACAUCGCCACCCGACCCACCCGACUGGCAAAAGCUCCCCGCACCGCGUCGGAACUUCCUCCACCUCCGACAAACUCGAGUACCACCGCCAUAAUGAAGGACAGCAAAGGAUGGGACGGAAAGCUGCGAGUCGAGCCCAAGGCUACGAUCACCAACCCAGAGGCUCUCGAGGAUCCCGAUUACUCGGAUUCCGACGCGCCCCCGGUGGAGGAAAUUGAGGCCGACGAGGAUCUUCUCGAAGACGAGGAUCCAGAAGCUGAGAGACUAUGCCUUCGUCAGAACCAAAUAUCGCGGAUCGCGCUGCCUUCGAACGUCGCGGAGUCGUUAACCGAGCUCGACCUCUACGAUAACCUCAUUUCGCACGUCCGGGGGUUCGAGGACUUCCAGAACCUGACGAGUCUAGACCUUAGCUUCAACAAGAUCAAGCACAUCAAGAACAUCGAGCAUUUGGUCAAACUGACGGACCUGUACUUUGUGCAAAAUAAGAUCUCCAGGAUCGAGUGUCUGGAGGGGUUGACGCUGUUGAGGAAUCUAGAGCUGGGGGCGAAUCGGAUCAGGGAGAUUGAAAACCUCGACACCCUAACCUCCCUCGAGGAACUCUGGCUAGGGAAGAACAAGAUCACCGAACUCAAGAACCUCGACGCCCUCCAAAACCUCCGCAUCCUCUCCAUCCAAUCGAACCGUCUCACGCACAUCAGCGGGCUCUCCAACCUCCCGCACCUCGAAGAAAUCUACCUCUCGCACAACGCCAUCACCGACCUCAGCGGCCUCGAGAAGAACCCGUCCCUGCGCGUGGUCGACUUCUCAAACAACCAGGUCUCGAAGCUCGAGCACCUGGAGGAGCUCGUCCAUUUGGAGGAGCUGUGGGGGUCGAAUAACCAGCUUUCCAGCUUCGACGAGGUCGAGCGCCAGCUGAAGGACAAGAAGGAGUUGAAGACAGUGUACUUUGAGGGGAACCCGUUGCAGAUGAAGGCGCCCGCGCUGUACCGGAAUAAGGUGCGCUUGGCGAUUCCGCAUAUCACGCAGAUCGAUGCUAGUAAGUCCCAGUUUUUGGUUCCUGGUCUGGAUUGUGAGGGCUGUGCUGAUAUUUUUUUCUAG